ACCAAACGCCUUCAGGACGUGAGGUGAGGGCGGAGCUGAGAGGCCGCGGCUGAGGGCCAAAGGCCGCGGAUAACGUCCAGGCGCGGGGCCGUCUAGGGAACCUGGGGAAGAACAGAGAGCGCAUUUUAUGAUAUGGGAGGGCGAUGGGUUUCCGGGGGAAAUGAGAAAGUGCGGAGACACCAUAAAUAGACAAUUUGGGGAAGCGGAUAAGAAGUAGGACACAUGGGGCGGGGCCUCUCAAGCUCAGUGGGUGGAGCUUCUCCCAAAGACCUGCAGUCCUGGACGCCUGAAUGAUACAGUUUAUUUCAGGCUGGAGCCCUGACCCGGCUGUGUGAUGUGCUGCGCGUGCUGCGUGAGGAACGGGACCAAUGUCUACAGGAGCUCUCCAGGGAUGGGAAAGGGGAUCUGGUCCUGGAGUCACUAGAACCAGCUCCUCAUGCAGACAGGCUGACCUCGGCCAUGGCUGGCUAGCGUCCACUACCCACCUGCAUGCUGAGCCCUGUCUGUGGACAGCACCUUUCCUGUGGGCCACUUGCCCAGCUACAUUCUCAAAGCCCUGGCUGCCAAACCAAGGAGGACUCCAUGCAGGCUGUGCAGGGCUGUGGGACAACAUGAGCUGCUGGCCCUCCUCCGCGCCAGGACGGACUGUGGAAGUGGAGUGCCCGAGGUUCCUCCGGAUGCUCACGAGCAGGAAUGGUUCCCUGUUCCGAAACUGCACGCAGGAUGGCUGGUCGGAAACCUUCCCCAGGCCUGACCUGGCCUGUGGGGUUAACGUGAAUGACUCUUCUAUUGAGAAGCGGCACGUGUUCCUGCUGAAACUGAAAGUCAUGUACACCGUGGGCUACAGCGCCUCCCUCGUCAUGCUCCUGGUCGCCCUCAGCAUCCUGUGUGCUUUCCGGAGGCUCCACUGCACCCGCAACUACAUCCACAUGCACCUGUUCGUGUCCUUCAUCCUGCGUGCGCUGUCCAACUUCAUCAAAGAUGCUGUGCUCUUCUCCUCGGAUGACGUCACCUACUGUGAUGCCCACAGGGUGGGCUGUAAGCUGGUCAUGGUCUUCUUCCAGUACUGCAUCAUGGCGAAUUAUGCCUGGUUGCUGGUGGAAGGUCUGUACCUUCACACACUCCUCGUCACCUCCUUCUUCUCAGAGAGGAAGUGCCUUCAGGAAUUCGUGGCCCUCGGAUGGGGUUCUCCAGCCAUCUUUGUGACUUCAUGGGCUAUCACCAGGCACUUUCUGGAAGAUGUUGGGUGCUGGGACAUCAACACCAAUGCUUCCAUUUGGUGGGUCAUCCGAGGGCCUGUGAUCCUCUCCAUCCUGAUCAAUUUCAUCUUUUUUAUAAACAUUCUAAGAAUCCUGCUGGGAAAACUUAAAACUCAAGAAACAGGAAAUGAAGUGAGCCAUUACAAGCGCCUGGCCAAGUCCACCCUCUUGCUGAUCCCCCUCUUUGGGGUCCACUACACCGUCUUUGCCUUCUCUCCUGAGGAUGCUAUGGAGAUCCAGCUGUUUUUUGAAUUGGCCCUUGGCUCAUUCCAGUGGUUCCCAGAGGAUGAAGCCCACUCCAACCUUUCAGGGACCUAUAAAAGCUACUCAUCUCCCCCAUCAGACUUUCAGGUGUGGGGUGCAGAGUUCAAAGUGGGGCUGAAGCUCCCUAGUGGGUCUAAUGUGCAGCAAAACAGAAACUACAGCUCCAAGGGUUGGUGGUGGCCGUGCUCUACUGCUUCCUCAACGGGGAGGUGCAGCUGGAAAUUCAGAAGAAGUGGCGACAAUGGCACCUCCAGUUCCCACUGUGCCCCAUGGCCCGCAACUCCUCCUUCAGCAAUGGCACCAGUGACCCCACCCAUGGCACCAAGGCCAUGAGCAAAGCCAACCCUUCAGAGCAGAGCCGGGGCACCUGCAGGGCCAGCAUCAUCUGAGAGGGUGGAGUAGAGCUGCCUAUGGACAGAGGUUGAGCCAGAUCCUGAGAGGGCUGGAUGCUGCUACGGGACCUGGAGGACAUCCUGUGCUCCCUGUUGUAGCUGAUAUCCCCCCUCCCUCAGGCCUGGGAGUCCUCAGGACUGAGCAGAAGGGACUUGGAGCACCGUGGGACAGGACCAGGGCCUGGAACUUGGUCUGUGUUGCUCUUCUGGGAAGAAUAGCUCAGGGGCCCAAGAAGG